AGGCAUUCCGGCUCAAAGUUUGCCGGCUCAGCGACGACGCUGGGCCCAGCCGGCUGUGGUUGUGCCGACUGCCCAGGCGCCAAGUCCAAACCCAUUGUUGGCGCCAUGGCCGCAGUCGCCGCCAGCCCAGGCAAGGCCGACGACGACGACUUUGCCUACAAGAGGGGCCAGAGAAUCGUGAAGCUCAGGCACAAGAUGAUGGCCGCAGGGGCCCUCACGUCUCAGACCAGACAGACGGUCAGAGCCACGAUGAGGUACCAGCCCCCAGCGAGAGAGGAUGAGCAAGAGGGUCACCGCCUGGGACGAGGAGGGGCAGGCCCACGACCCCCUUGCUGGCUCCCACGGGGAGCACGGCGAGGCUGGACGGGUGGCCCCCGCGUCGGGCUACGCGGCCGAGCAGUUCGAUCUGUUGUGCGGCCUGUUCUCUGGAUGGGUCAACGUGCUUUUAGUGGCACGGUGGCGGAUUCCAAUCGGUCAGGUUUGCCGGCAUCUGGAGUGCGAUUCGGUCAUCGUGUUCUCCACGAAUUUUCUUGCCAUCAUCCCGCUGGCCAGCCUGCUGGGAGGAGCGACGGAGGCCCUGUCCGAGCACACGGGCCAGCUGCUCGGCGGGCUCCUGAACGCCACCUUCGGCAACGUGGUAGAGAUGAUUAUGUGCGUCCAGAGCGUCAGGGCGGGGCUCAUCUCGGUGGUGCAGGGGAACCUGUUGGGCUCCAUACUCUCCAACCUGCUCCUGGUGCUGGGCAUGGCCCUCGUGGCCUCCGGCAUCAAGCGGAAGAUUGCCUCAUUCAACUCGCAGGGCGCCGCCGCAAACAUGACCUGCCAGCUGGUGGCCUCCAUCAGCGUGUGCCUCCCCACAAUGUAUGACACGGUGCACGGGGCGACUGGUGAGGAGGUCUUGCAGAUCUCGCGGAUAUGCAGCUUGCUCCUGAUAAGCCUCUACGGCCUUUUUCUGUUCUUCAUGCUCCAGACGCACUCCGAGCUCUUCGCGGACGAGGGCGCGGAGGAGGAGCCCGGGCAGGGCCUGAGUCCUUGGCUCUGCGUCGCGCUCUUGAUAAUCCUCACCAUGAUGGUGGAGAGGAGCUCGGACGCCCUGGUGGACGUCAUCGAGGAAUUCUCUAACAAGUACGGCAUUUCCAAGGCGUUCAUCGGCGUGAUCCUGUUGCCCAUCGUCGGCAACGCCGCGGAGCACGCCACUGCCGUCACCGCCGCCUACAACGGCAUGAUCGACCUGGCGCUCGGUGUUGCGGUCGGCUCCUCGACGCAGAUCGCGCUCUUCGUCGUGCCCGUGUCCGUGAUCUUCGGUUGGAUCUACGGACAGCCCAUGGACUUGAAUUUUACCGUCUUCGACACCGUGUGCCAGAUGCUCACGGUGUUCUUGGUAUCGCAGGUCCUGCAGCAUGGCACCACCAACUGGCUGCACGGAGCCAUGCUCAUGUCGGUAUAUUUCUUCAUAGCCAUCGAGACGUUGUACAUUAUGGAACCCGCGCGGGCGUAGGUUCACAGGGCGACUCUGCCCCGUCCGUUCUCCCCCCGUUCCCCAUCAAUCCUUUCUCCCUCCUUAAUCAUGAUAUUAAUGCAUCCCAUCCUAGUCAUAUCCAUGCUGUUCCUGCUCCUGACAUGUUCCGUUCCUCGCUUGCCCUUCUUCUGUCUCACCGAGCAUGAUCGACCUGUAUGUAUGUCGUGGCAGCAAUCGACAUUUUGCGGUACAGCUUGUCGCGGAUAUGUGCCAAGCCUCAGCCGAGAAAGGCAGCAGUUCUAGAUAUGGUUUUAUGCUGGCAGGCAGUUGCACUGUUGCGGAGUACUUUGUUUUGAAUCGUUUCGUUCAUUCCACCGGCCCAUUUCGCACCGCGGUGGCUGCAUGGUCGUGUGCUCGUACCCAUGGGGAACGGUGGGGCAGGCAGGAUUACGUUCAAUGAGAAGACAAUUGUACCAUGCAUUAGUUGUUUGGUUUGGGGCAUCGCCUUGCUUCGCUGGGUGCUUCCUUGGGCGCCCCUAAGGGCUUUCGUGUGGUCGCCGUGCUUGUCUUGGGAGCAUAUGUGUCUGGCCCCUUUAUGGGGGGACCAUGUUGGACCACCAUCUUCGGCCGAGACGCUCCCUUCGGCGACCCCUUCCUGUACCCGAAGAGAAGCGGCGGCUCGGCCGGUUGUGCAAGGCAUGCCCGUCUGGGUAUGUCGGGGGCAACGAUAGGGGGGUGUUCCGUUUUUCCCUCGGGCAGUGGCUCGAAAGAAGCAGGAAGGGCACACAUAUUGGUGGUCGCAGGGCCGCGCAGAGGCCUCGGAUCGGCGCCGGGCUCCCCCGGCGGCCCGUCCGUCCAGCGCCGCUGCUGCCGCGCUCCACGCGGGGGGAGGGGGUCCGGCGCCGCUCCCAGAGAUCCGCGCGGGCCUCCGAGGGUCUGCAGAUGCCCAUGUGUAGCUGUUCCUAUUAUACUGCUGUGGGCGUUGUUCGUGGUUGAGCGCCCGCUCGGCCGAGCGCUACCACGCGCGCCGCUCUGUGCACAGCCGCGUUUGCUCGGCCAGCUGCGGACGAACAUGUUGUUAGGCAUGGCUCAUGGGGCUUCCAGCUCGCUCUCCUUCUCCGUUGUCCUCCUCGUA